AAUUUUCAUUAACCUUUUGAUGACUUUUGAUACAAAGCGUAUACACGGGCGAAGCUUAAAAACAUUUCAAUUUUAAUCUAAAUAUUAUUUAGAAAAAUAAUUUAAUAAUAAUAUCCUCGUUAUGUACAUGAUAUAAUCAAAGAAAGACAAAUUACUUAUAAUCGUGAAUUAUCUAUAAUCCAUCUGUUUGCAAGUUGCGUUUUAUUUAGAACAGGUAGUAGUAGGUAAUAGUUCUCACUUGUGACAUUAGUGGGCGACCGAAUAAUAAGAUAGUUUUUACGAGUUGGUGUUCUAACUAAAUCACGUAUGUAAUUGUCAGCGAAAUUAACACUUUAGAGGCUGUAUCCGAUAACAGUGAGGACGAUAUUAUCACUGAAUUUACGCUUACCAAUGCUGAAAUGAAGCUGAAGCACGUCAUGUUUGGUUACGCGUGGGGUUUAUUAUCGCAGAUCGCCUCUUACGGGCUCUGCGUUUCAUCGGAUUAGUAUCAAUCAAUGGCUUUAUUUGAGAAGAGGUAUACAAAUAAAAUAUUGCUAGAUGAUACAGAAAAGCUGACAAGUGUUAUUGAAAAUGCUAGAACAAUCGACGGACAUACGGAGUAUGUGAUUAGAGUACAACGUGGUCCUCUACCUGAAAAAACGUGGAGAGUGAGCAGACGUUACAAUGACUUUGUUCAGCUUAAUGCAGUUUUGUCAGUAUCAGGCAUUGACUUGCCAUUACCUCCUAAAAAGAUCAUUGGGAACAUGGAGCCUAACUUUAUAGCUCAACGUCAACUAGCUUUACAGAAUUAUUUAAAUAUUGUACUAAUGAAUCCCAUAUUGGCAUCAUCUCUUCCCAUGAAAAAAUUUUUAGAUCCUGAUAAUUAUACAACGCCAUUACAUGAAAUAGCACUACAGCAAGUGUCACUAGCUUUACGCAGUGAUGCUAAUUUUGAAGUUGGAAAAGCUAUUCCUGAUAUGGGAUGGCGGUUAAAAAAAUAUUACUAUACUGUUAAGAAUCGUCAACAUCCAAAGCAAGAAUAUUUGCUUGCUUGGGUAGAAUUUGGACCAGAUAAGCAUCUUCAGGAUAAAGACAUGCAAGGAGUUUUCAAGAGUCUAGGCACUUUGAAACAUAAUUACAUCGAACCAAUGGUACACCAGCAUGUAACAGAGAAUGGAGCUCUUAUGAUAAGAAAUUUUUGUUCAAUGGGUACAUUGCGUGAUAUACUUUGUAUGACCAAACCUAAGCAGUCGUUUAUAAAAAAAUAUGGAAAUCCAAAACAAGUUAAGUCACUCACACUGUCUGAAAUUACUACUUAUGGUUAUCAGAUUUUGGAGGCACUAAAUUUUUUACAUGAAAAAGGAUUACCUUAUGGGCAUCUACAUACAGGUAACAUAUUAUUAACUGAAGGAUGUGCUAAGUUAUUAGAUAUAGAGAAUGGCCUUUUGGGUUUACCAGCAUUUUAUAGGCCUUACGUUGUUCAAAGACGAAAGCUCCAUGCUACGACUCAAGUUGAUGUCUAUUCGUUUGGACAUGUAUUAUAUGAAAUGGCAUUUGGCAGACCAUUAUUGGAAGCAAUGUGUUCCGAAAUGCCAAAUUGCGAUAUAAUGUUGAAAAAUCUAUUGGAGGUUAUUUUAUCUCCAGAGGCUCUCAAACAGGACUUGCCUAAGGUCCAGCAUUUGCUAGAACAUCCAUUUUUUGAAACAGUACAUCGUGCAAGUCUUGCCAUUGGUUCUAUAGAAAAACCACAUUUUAAGCUUAGUAGUCAUUUGAAGGAAGCUUUGCAAGAAGCAAUGAAUAAGGCAGAACAAAGGUUGAGAGAAGAACAAAAGGUAGUUAGACAUCAAAAGAGACUUGUGAGAGUUCAAGGAAUGAUGAGUUCCGAUGAAGAAAGGAAAAAGUGGAAACAGAAAUUGAAAAAGGAGCAAAAAUUAGCACAGGAACAACAAAUGUCUAAUCAAUUGGGAACAAAUGGAACAAAACAAAUAAAUGGUAAAAAUUCAGAAAGACCUGAUAGCCCUACGAGUACGUCUACAGCUACUAGUGUUGGAACGUUAACGCCUCCAUCACUUGGUUCUACAGAAAUGCCACACGCUGAUGUACCUACUAAAAACAUCAAUCCAUUACCAGUACCUGUGUCCUCUGGUGGAACAGAGCCACGUAUAUCGAAAGCAGGCAACGAACGUUCAGCUUUACUCGGAAGUAUCUGUUCUUUUGAUAAAAGCAAACUUCGUAGAAUUGUUAAUGGUAACCAUUAAAAAACCUUCUCACAAAGAACAAAUUAUUUCAUAUUUCAGAAUAAUAAACCAGAACUUUCUUGUUAUGGAAUAUUAUGCAUAGAUAAAGAACAAUAUGUGUCAAGAGUGUGAUAAUACUUUAUUCUAGUUAUUUCUUUUGUUAGUUUUAUUUUGUUUUUUAUUGAAUGUUUAUACUUAAUGAUAAAAAUACGUAAUUUAUGUUUAUGUAUGCGAAAUGUAUGAUGAGAAGAGUAUCGUAUGUCGUUUUUGUAUCAUUUAUAAAAGACCAUUACCAAUUUCAUAAAUAGAAAAAUGUGCCAAGACAUACGUAAUUAUUGCAUUGAUAAAUUUAUGAUAAUAUUAGUUUAUAGAAUAUACUAUCUCAAUAGGAUAAGAAUUGAAUGUUGUUUUAACUAUCGAUCAUCUAAAUCGGAGAAUAUAAUAUAAAUAUUAUUUUAAUACGCAUAAGUGUCUUGUAUGUAAGGCUUUGAAAUGUCUCUAAAGUCAAAAAUGAAGACUACUGAGAGAAGACAAUUUCAUGAUAAAUUGUAUUUUAAUGAGUUUAAUAAAUAUGAAAAGAAUUCAUUUUUGCUUCAA